UCAAGCUCCUGCACAAGAUGGUGCUCCCACUUGCCUUACUUCUUGCCUUGGGUCUCCCAGUGGUGAAUGCCACUGUCACCAAUGUCACCGCUGAUCUUCCACGCCAACGUUGGACCUAUAGUUUGAGAUGCCAUGACUGUGCAGCCAUAAAUGACUUCAAUUGUCCCAACAUUAGGGAAUGUCCAUAUGAAAUAAGGCGCUGUUUGACAGUCUCUAUUCGUAUAAACUCUCGUGAACUACUCGUUUACAAGAACUGUACAAACAACUGCACAUUCGUAUAUCCAAGUCAACAGGUUCCUGAAGCCCCAAGAGUACCCUUCAAAACUAAUGGAUUUUAUUUUGUUCGUUGCUGUAAUGGCAUGCGCUGCAAUGAAGGAGGACCUACUAACUUGGAGAGGGACAUGUUCACAGAUGAGAUAAUUGAGGAGGAGCUGCCAGAAGGAAUUGUGCAUUUGGGGGGGUCAGAAAUUUUCCUGAGCUUUGCCUCCAUCAUACUCAGCAUCGCGCUGACGUGAGAACCCCUCCUUGCAGGUUCUGUCAUCUUCGCCCAUUCCCCAGACCAGUUUCACUCUGCAUUGGUCCCUUGUGAACCAGACGCACUGAUCCUCCCGGUCUCCAGUUGGACUAUUUAUGGUGUAUUGUAGAAGAGAAAUAAAGGAAACUUUUCUUUGCUGAAAA